CGCACCGCGACGACGGCGGUGCGCGAAACGCUCGGCAAUCGCACGGCGCCCGCCCCCGGCGAAAUGGGCGUGACUGGCGUGGCCGGAGUGGCUGGCGGCCUGGGAACGGUGGGGGGCGGAGGAGCGGCCGGAGGAGCGGGCGGAGCGGGUGGAUCAGGAGGCAGCACCUUCAUGCUGCUGCUCGAAAACUUUAACGAUUAUUUCCCCAACUAUAAUGGGAGUACGGUUUCGGGGACUACGACGAUGGCGCCGGGCGUGGUGGGCGGCGUGGUGGGCACGGCCAGCGGGAGCGGCAGCGGCCUGCUGCUGGAGCAGAACCUGACCGGCCUGUUCCUCGACGGCUACCGGCAAAACUGUACCAACGAGACGCUCAACCUGACCGACUCCUGCGUCGAGCUGAGAGUGGUGGACCACAACUACUGGGCGCUCAUCCUGAUUCUGUUCCCCAUCCUGACCCUCUUCGGCAACAUCCUGGUCAUCCUGUCCGUGUGCCGCGAGCGCUCGCUGCAGACAGUCACGAAUUAUUUUAUAGUCUCGUUGGCCAUCGCCGAUCUCCUGGUGGCCGUGGUCGUAAUGCCGUUUGCUGUCUACUUUCUGGUAAAUGGAGUCUGGGCCCUGCCUGAUGUCGUUUGUGAUUUUUAUAUAGCCAUGGAUGUGAUAUGCUCUACUUCAUCGAUAUUCAACUUAGUUGCCAUCUCCAUAGACAGAUACAUCGCUGUGACACAGCCAAUAAAGUACGCCAAGCACAAAAAUAGCCGCCGCGUUUGCCUUACGAUACUGCUGGUGUGGGCCAUUUCGGCAGCCAUCGGCUCGCCGAUAGUUCUGGGCCUCAACAACACGCCCAACCGCGAGCCGGAUGUGUGCGCCUUCUACAACGCCGACUUCAUACUCUACUCCUCGCUGAGCAGCUUCUACAUACCCUGCAUCAUCAUGGUGUUUCUCUACUGGAACAUUUUCAAGGCGCUGAGGAGUCGGGCGCGGAAGCAGCGGGCGGCCAGAAAGCCACACCUCUCGGAACUGACGGGCGGCAGCGUCAUCGAGAACAUCGCCCAGACCCGUCGGCUGGCGGAGACGGCCCUGGACAGCAGUCGGCACGCCAGCAGGAUCCUGCCGGACGAGGCGGCCACCAACACGGCCAGCGGCUCCAACGAGGAGGAGGACGAGAACGCCAUCUCGCCGGACAUCGACGACUGCCACGUCAUCGUGAACGACAAGUCUACCGAGUUCAUGCUGGCCACCGUCGUCGAGGAGACGGGCAACAGCGUUGUGGCCCAGAUCACCACUCAGCCGCAGCUGGUCGUCGCCGAUCCGAAUGGUAAUCAUGAUUCUGGUUAUGCAGCCUCAAACGUUGACGAUGUCCUUGCAGGCGUGGCGCCCGCCUCCGCCUCUGCCGCCACAUCCGCAGCUCCGCGGAGCAGCGGCUCGCCGCCGGACAGUCCGCUGCCCAGUGGCGCCACCCUCCAGCGGUCCAGCGUCAGCAGCCAGCGGCGCACCGCCGCCGACGACUCGCCGAAGCGCGGCGAGCCGGCCCUCAGGUCAGUCGGGGUCGAUAACUCCAGCGUCGCCAUGAAGCCAUUGUCCUUUGUCCGCUACGGGGUGCAGGAGGCCAUGACUUUGGCACGCAACGACUCAACGCUAUCGACUACAUCGAAAACGUCCUCGCGUAAGGAUAAGAAGAACUCGCAGGCGUCAAGAUUCACGAUAUACAAGGUGCACAAGGCCUCGAAAAAGAAACGCGAAAAAUCGUCGGCCAAAAAGGAACGCAAGGCCACCAAGACACUGGCCAUUGUUUUGGGUGUCUUCCUGUUCUGCUGGCUGCCGUUCUUCAGCUGCAACAUCAUGGACGCCAUGUGCGCCAAGUUCAAGAAAGACUGCCGACCGGGGCUCACGGCCUACAUGAUGACCACCUGGCUGGGCUACAUCAACAGCUUCGUGAACCCGGUGAUCUACACGAUAUUCAACCCCGAGUUUCGCAAGGCCUUCAAGAAGAUCAUGCACAUGGGGUGAUUGAAAACGCCGAGCAGAUCAACAGCAACAGUAACAGCAAUCAUGCGAACAGCAAUAGCAAAUGGAUGGAUUGGAAUGGAAUUGAGGGAUUGGAUGGGCAAAGUGUGCCAAAUGCAAGCCAUCGAUGCACAAGAGGUCUCAACUGGCAUCCGACAUUGGGCUUAGCCUUAAGCUUAAGUUUCGUUUCGUUUCGUUCGUUGGGCUCUCCACUAGCGUUAAGGAUCAGCUACUUAUGUAAAUAGAUCUGUAUAUACCUCUAAUCGGAUAGGCCUAUAUUUGGAGUGGAGCGGAUUACAAGCUGUAGGCUAGGUACAAUUUUAAACAAUUACUUUAAGCGAACCCCAAACUAGCGAUGUAGUCAACACACGAGACACGACCCACAGCAAACACAAGCGAUUAGCAUUCCCGAGUAGCCGUAAGAUUCGCUUUAACAGGAUAACGUAGUGUUUUUUGAGGGCUGCCCUUCCCCCCAAAACCUAUCACAUAUCACGGGCAGCCAGCUAUCCCCACCCCACCACAGCACACAGAACCCUUCCGACUCCUCCGAUUCCCAGCAUAUGAUUAAGAGGUAAGAGUGUGAAAGAAAUUCAUAUCCUUAGACGGGCCGACUUGCAGCUGACCCUUUGGGCUGGUUGCUUAAUGCCGAUGUUGCAUGUUACAUGUUCUCGGUGCAUAGAGUUAGUUAGUUAUCAAUAUGCUAAGGUAGCAAGCGGGGCCUCGAGGUCAGCGGCUCCCCCACCGACACAUCACAGUCGAAUGGUCCACGUUGGUUGAUCUCCGGUGAAGUACUAUACGACUUGCACACACACACACACCACACACACACACACAUAGACACGAGCAGACACCAUAAAUCAAAUGAGCCCCACAAAUGAACACAAUAUCGAGGGGCGCUGACCCCGAUGCCAUCCCCGCUUACAGGGCACUUUUUCAGUUGGACUCUGAGUUCGUGUAAGUACUAUAUAGGAGCAUUUAAAACAUUUAAAGGUCGUACCUAGGCUAGUCACCUAAACUAGAGAGUAUGUGUAUGUUCAUUAACCAGAUGUAUCAGAUAGUACCAAGGGGGUUAGCAGUAUGGGGAUGGGGAUGGGGAUGGGGACUGGGAUUGCCUGGAUGCAUAGCACCAUCCUCCAGGAGAAUCAGGGUAUCUGGCGCAGAGGCUACCACGUUGCUAGAAGCAAUAGCAGAGCUACCUACCAUAGCAGAUGUACUCAUUGGUGUAAGCGUACGUGUAUAGUGAAAUAUCAAAACUGAGUUUUGAAACACGGACCAAAGCAUUCCACCUGCCGCGCAGGAUAGUUGGACUGAGAUUUCCCCGACUACCGCAGGCGGGGAGUGAAGGCGUUUGGUCCCUGCUUUCAACAGCCGUCCUCUUAACUGUUUCUAUGUGACAAAUAAUUGAUAGGUAAUUACUCCUAUGUGUGUAGUAGUUUGUAAAACGAUUCCAUUUAUAAUACGCCCUAAGCUCGGACUUAGUGUACUUAGGCGUAAACGGUGCCCAGCUCACAUUUCCAUUGGAACACCGUAGGAAACUCGAGGUCGAGGCCAAGCUCAACUGUUUUUAUACUUUCCUAUAAACUCCAAUGCAUAUACGCGAGUAUUUCGGUGUGCGUGUAUUUGAGUGAGUGUGUGGGUGAGUGCUUUUUUUUCGGCUAGACUAGAGUUUUAGAGGGUAAGGCUAGGCUAAGACUACGGAAACAGUUUAACUUUCAGAUCAGUGCAAAAUGCUCCUAAGUUAAGUUCUUCCAAAGAAAACGCUUAUUAAUUAUAGCUAAUUGGUAAAUUUGCAACUUGAACUAACUAUUGAUACGUACACCACACAUACACACACACACACACACACACACACACACACACACACACACACGAUUACUGUUGAUUUAUCGAAAUUGUAGCCUGAGUUUCCAAGUCGUUGAAUUGUUGUCUGUUAUCGUUAAUUUGUGAAUGAUAUAGCAUACUCUUAAGGAUCCUCCGUGGCGAGGUCUCUCUACCGAAAAAGCAUAUAUACGAGUUUGUAAAAUAACUGAAAUGGACAUGGAUACGGAAAAACUGAAAUGAAAAUGAAAAUGAAAAUGAAAACUAUUUUAAUGAAAUGGGAAAAUUUGUUUUUUUUUUCUAGAAAAUUAUGAGAGUUAUUUACUAAAUGAACCGUAGGGUAAGCUCUAAGAAAAGCAAACUAUUUCAAAAAUAAUUAUCAUAGCUUACGGAAAUAAUAAUAGCGAAUAACAACAAUAAAGUAAUGAAACCAAAAAGGAUGCGGAGCGGCCUAGACUGCGUCAGCAUAAGAAUACAUAAAAUAAAUAAAGCAAAACUGAAAAUAUUUCAAGGCAAAACCCAUCGCAAACUUUUUAUUUCGAUGGGAGAAAGUUUUGGUUCGGGGGUU